UGUGCGCGCACAGCGCGGGAGGCCCCCGGCGGCGCCGCCCGCCGUGCGCGGGCCGGGGCCGGUGCCGGGACCGGGAUCGGGAUCAGGACCGGGACCGGGACCGGGACCGGGAUGCGGCUGCAGUGCGAGGUGGAGGUGCUCAGCCGGCUCCUGCCCACCUGCGGGCUGCGGGGCCGCGGCCGCGCGGCGCGGGCGCUGCUGUCGCUCGGGCGCCCUCCCGGCGCUGCCGGUGCCGGGAUUUACCUCAUGGUGUGCACGGCGCGGGACCGCGGCGGGGCUCGGUGCAGCAGAACGUGGAGCGGCUCUUCACGCGCUUCGUGGAGGAGGGCAAGGCCACGGUGCGGCUGCGGGAGCCCGCGGUGGAUCUGUGCCUCAGCAAGGCAAAUGUGAUCAAUUUAAAGACUUUCCUUUCAGCCGUGAGACUGGCUCACCAAGGCAACGACACCGGAGUCCUCCCUCUCUCACCUCUGGUCCCAGCAAAGAACUCCGACGUGGAGAAACCCAAAACCAAAAUGAUCAUCACUUCCAGGAGGGAUUAUCCCCUCACCAAGAGCUUCCCUUUCUCCCUGGAGCACCUGCAGACCUCGUACUGCAAGCUGGCCAGGAUCGACAGCAGGGUGCUGUGCCUGAAGAAGCUGCGCAAGCUGGACCUGAGCCACAACCACAUCAAGCAGCUGCCGGCCACGCUGGGCGACCUGGUGUGCCUGCAGGAGCUCGACCUGCACGACAACCACCUGGAGGCCUUCAGCGGGGCCCUGUGCAGCUCCGGCCUGCAGAAAUCCCUGCAGCUGCUGGACCUGAGCCAGAACCAGAUCCAGGCGCUGCCCAUCGAGUUCUGCCAGCUGCGGGGCCUGGUGCAGCUGCGGCUGGACGACAACGCCCUGCUGCGCCUGCCCUGCCGCAUCGGGCAGCUGAGCCGCCUGCGCUUCCUGUCGGCCGCGCGCAACAAGCUGCCCUUCCUGCCCUGCGACUUCAGGAAACUCUCCCUGGAGAACCUGGAUCUCUUCGGGAAUCCUUUUGAGCAGCCCAACCCGCUGGUUCCCAACAUCCAGCUGAAGAUCCCCUUGACUCUGCUGGAGUGCGCUGCCAGGGCCACCGUCAAUCACAGAAUCCCUUACGGCUGCCACCUCCUCCCUUCCCACCUCUGUAAGGACCUGGAAGUGGCCAAAACGUGCCGCUGUGGGAGCGCCUGCCUGAGCAGCUUCAUCCAGAUCACGGUGACCAUGAACCUGCACCACGUGGCCCACACCGUGGUGCUCGUGGACAACAUGGGGGGCACGGAGGCUCCUGUCCUCUGCUACUUCUGCUCCCUGCACUGCUACUCCCAGUUCCUGGACAGGCACCUCCAGAGCAACGGGUGACACGGGCCAAGCCCUGCCUCACCCUCACGGGGUGUGUGGGGAUGGAGGAGCCUGCAGGCGCCCGCCGCUCGUCACCCGCCGUGUCACCUGCGGAGACAAAUCCCUCCGGGAGUGAGGGGACACGGCCUGGCCUGGCUCUUCUCCCCCUCUGGAAUCUCCUCUGCUUGGAACACAAAGCAAUGUUGAGCUGGAGAGAACCUUCCUUAGGACGUGUUUCCCUUCUCCUGUGACCGGGGCGUGCUCGGGGCUUUCUGUGCUUUGCGGGGUGAGCGGGGCUCCCAAAUUCCAAGGGAAUUUAUCCCAGACUUACCCGCGUGAGCUCCGCCAGGGCCAGGACUGCACUCCACUCUUCCCAGGGGAGGAGAAACCACAUCCAGACCGGUUAUGCAAUCCCAGGUGCUUCUUUUUUUAAAGGUUCUGUUACAACAUUCCCCCUCGGAGCAGGGACCAGCAUUGCUGGGUUUUUACCAGAGCAAACGUUUGGUUUUGGGGUUUCUCUCUUUGUGAUACCAGAAAUGUCUUUUUUCUAAAUACGUGCCUCAAACUUUGUUUCUUAAUCCUCCUGUUUUAACGAUUCUUGAAUUUGUUUCACUGUGUUGACUUAUUAAAUUUUGAAACCUUC